UUGGGUUUUACCCAUGUCUAAAAAUAGAAUACACACAGGAGCAUCAUGUCGGUGAAAAUUUUGGUUGAAUUUGGAGGUGGAGCUGAACUGUUGUUUGAUAAAGUGAAGAAGCAUGAAGUGGCGCUUCCUUGUAAAGAAACACCCUGGACAGUUCGUGAACUUCUGCCAUGGAUGAAGGACCACAUGCUCAAAGAACGACCAGAACUGUUUCUACAAGGAGAGACAGUGCGACCUGGUAUCCUUGUGUUAAUCAAUGAUGCUGAUUGGGAACUUAUGGGCGAGUUGGAUUAUGCAAUAGAGGAAAAUGAUAAAAUAGUGUUUAUAUCAACUUUACAUGGAGGGUAAUGAAGUGAACAGUGUUGUGAUAUUAUUUAAGUACAGAAAUAUUCCGAAUGAUUUAUCUGAAUGAACUGCGUACCAAGUUUAUAAAACUGAAUUUGAAGACCAGGUACAAUACCACACCAUUUGACUGGCUGUCUCUGGGAGCAAAUAUUCAAGGUUCCUCAAGCAGUACUGAUAAAACGAUGAACUAUAUGAGAUCACUUCAGUAAUCAUUGGAAACAGUUCAAGAAGAAUAUUUAAUAAUUUGAUACAAGUUGAGACAUUUUUAGCUGGACUAUUUGAAAUUUUUCGAAUUAUAAAGCUUUUGUUGUCAGCCUUUUGUUCACACCCUUGUCACAUAAGAUUAUUAUUAUUAUUUAUUAUUUACCAGAUUUUUAUAGCGCUCUUUUCAUCUAUAAAAUAAACGUGCAAAAGCGCUGUACAAACUACAUCACAGAAUGAUAUGGACACACAAUACAACACAAAAAAGAUAUAUUUAAAAAUAGUUCAACAUUAAAUCUGCAUAUUAAUUAUACUAGUAAAUAACUUCUAUUGCACAGUCAUACAACAGCUUGUUUUCCAGUGCAAAGUUAGUUUCAGUAGAUCUUGAAGAAAAAGUGUGUUUUUAACCCUUACCCUGCUAAAUUUAUAUAAUGAACUUGUCCAUCUUUCAAUUUGGACAGUACCACUAACAGUUAAAAGGGGUGCUUACCAAAAUGAUACUGACUUAAUGGCGAACAGUGCAGACAAUGAUCAGCCUGCACGGAUGUGCAAGCUGAUCUUAGUCUGCCCUGGUCGCAAAGGCAAAACCACUUGCCACCAGCAGGCUAAGGGUUAAUGAUCUUUUGAAAGCAUCCAGACUUUUAGCAUCUGUAAUGGUAGCCGGAAGAGUAUUCCAUAACUUCGGUGCAGCUGAUGAAAAACUACGAUCACCGUAACUCACAGUUUUGCUUUUUGGAACAACUAAGAUCUGCAAAUAAGCAAGUUUCUCUAAAACCACUUUGCAUAAUGCUUCCAAACUUCACAGAUGUAUUAAGCAUCAUGAAAUGACUUCACAGGACAAGUUACAUAAAUCAAGCUUAUGUUUUGUCAAAAUUAUGCCCCCUUUUAACUUAGAAUUACAGGCUAAACUUUUGCAUGUAAGCAAUUUUCUGACAAAAUUGCUACUAGCAGUCAAAAUGUUUUGAAGCUGCACAUAAGUCUUUGAGAUCAUUAGAUGACCUUACAAGGCAAGUUACGUAACUCUAGCUUCAAUUUUGUCAAAAUUUUGUCCCUUUUAAACAAAGAAUUUUUGGUAGAAAUUUUGCAUAUAAGCAGGUUUCUUGAAAACUUUAAACAUCAGCAUCAUGAGAUGGUCUGGCAUAGCAAGUUACAUGAUUCUAGCUUUUUUUUGUUGUAAAACUUAUGCCUGUUGUGGAAGGGCUUCAGGUAGUCCAGUGUGCUUUGAUAAAACAGCUCGUGUUUGUAUUUCUGAUUACCUCAGUUCAAAAUCUAAAGAUACAUGCACAUGCACUUUCUGACAGUGUAAUAACUGAAAUAAAGCAUAUGUAAAGAAA